GUGCUGUCAUUUCAAUGUUAUUCAGUCAUUUAUAAUUUUUCUCAAAUUUAUUGUUAAAUUUAGUUUUGUACCAACAAACGGUACAAACUAAAAGUAAUUAUGUUUACUUAAUACUCAAAAAAUGUUUAAAAUAAUAAUUUACAAAAUACAAAAAAAAUAAAUAGUUAUGCGCCUCUCAAAUGCAUUUGUCACAAAAUUGUACUGUGUUCUUUCCCAGCACAGUCGUUCCAAAUUUUUACAUGCUGCUAUUAUAACAACAAAUUGUGAGAGACGAAUAACUCACAGUCUUGUUAAUCACUCAUCAUUACCUUCAAAUGGAAAAAUAAGUAAGGAACAAGCAAUCGAGCUCACCUUGAGACUAACAUCCGAUGAAAGAAAAACUUUGAUGUGUGCUUUGCAAGAAUUUGAGUCAAAAACCAUCAAAGAGGAAUAUGAAGGACAAUUGGCCGCCACUAGGUGGCGUAGUAAAUUUGGUAGGCCAGUGAAAGUACCCAAACUGGGCGAUGUAGAUCCAACCGGUUCUUAUUGUCCUAUGCCUGAAGAUUGGCUACAAAAAAAAUAUGCUGAAAAUGUGCCGGAACCUGCUUCAGCAGAUCUUCUGAAAUUGGCAUUGGCUAAUGCAAUACCAUUCGUUGGAUUUGGAUUUUUGGAUAAUUGUAUUAUGAUCGUUAUGGGCGAUCAAAUAGAGCUAUGUUUGGGGGCAUAUAUUUCUUUAUCCACAAUGGCUGCCGCAGCACUGGGUAAUACAAUUAGCGAUGUCAUAGGCAUUGGAUCAGCUUAUUAUGUAGAAAGAGCAGCUGCAGCAGUCGGAUUUAAGCCUCCAAGAUUAACACCGAUCCAGUUAGACAUGCCUUGUUCUCAUCGCGCUGCAAAUCUGGGAAGAGUGUUGGGUAUAAUAGCAGGAUGCUUACUUGGUAUGCUUCCAUUGUUAUUUAUCAAUGAAAAAGCUGAAGAGGAUGCGCAAAGGACUGUGGCAGCAUAGUGCAGUGAGAGAUGGUUGCUAAUCAAAUUUAAUAAAAAUAGUAAAAUGUAUUUUAAUUCACAAAGCAUCAUAAAAAUUUAUACUUUUUAAUAUAUGUAACUCUG